UUCUUUGAGGGACUUUAAGAAGAAGUCCCCCCACUUAAGUCCCUAAAAGUUCCUAGAGAAACAAACAGGAGGGACUAAAAAGUCCCUAAUAGUGCAUUUUCCAGAAGUCCCAAAUGGAGGUGCUUAUUGGGAAAAAGUGGCUCUAUUCCAGCCACUGCCCCUUCACGCCAGCCAUCCCUAUCCAUUUCCUCGCCCACUCUCUUUCCUCGCCUUAUCUCUUCCUCGCGUCGUCUCUCUCUCGCUCCUCACAACGCCGCACCCUCGCCGCCGUCUCUCUCUCGCUUCUCACAACCCCGCGCCCUCGCCGCCGUCCUGCGUUAGCCCCCACCGCAGCUACGUGCUAGCUAGUCCUCUGCCCGCCGCUUGGUUCGCCUGGUCUCGUGCAAGCCGACGCCGCUCGCGCAAGCCUCACGAAUCGCGCAUCAACAAUGGCGGGUGGAAAUCCUCACGAUUUCUUCUCCCAGUCGUUCAAUGAAGCUCCAACGGGCCACAUGGACGGUUCCGACUACGGCUUCUCGCAGGGGUCUUCAGGAUAUGGUGGAUCUGGCGCCGGCAUCCAUUUUGGGGGAGGGGGAUCGGGGGGCCUCGAUCUGAACUCCCAGGCCGACGCCUUCCCUGAUUUCGCCUCCUACCAACAGAUCCUUCAACCGGGUAGCCUUGUGUUACCUCCGAUUCGGGCAGGGAGCAGAUCCACAGUCCCCCCGUCACGUCCUCCUCCAGCGGCGGGAGGGGGACGUGGCAGAAGUCGUGGAGGGAGAGGAGGAGGACGAGGCCGUGGCAGGUCGUUGACCAAUAGCGCUGGAUCUGGCAGGGGAAUGGGAGGAUUUGUUCCUCCUGGCUCAUCGUCUGGCCAAGGAGGCGUCCGAGGUCAUGGGGCAUCCAUGUCGCACAGCGGGCCACCCGCCUUCAACUUUGGAGUCUUCGGAGGAGGACGGCGAGCCGGUGCCUCGUCGUCUCAAGGGACAAAUGUGUCCGAGGACGACGGCAACGAAGAAGACGAAGAGGACUUUGGUCCUGAUGGUUAGCAUAUGGUAAACCCCCCAUGGUUACUUUCUGUUAUGUUUGAUUUGUUCUAUUGCGAAAUAUGUCAAUUGUUGCUCAUGAUAUUGAUACUGCUAUGCAUGCCGUGAUCUAAGCAUUUGUAUUACAGUAUAUGUUGUUCAUUGGUUAAUUUAGGGUUAAAUCAUGUUUUUCUUUCCUAGAAUACGUAUGACAAGGCAAAUUGGACAGAAGAAAAAACUUACACAUUGUGUGAAAUAGCAUGUGAGGAAAUAAGGGAUGGGCAUUGUCCUAGUGGAGCAUGGACAACUAGAGGGUACCAGAAUUUGAAGGCCAAAUAUUUCCAAAGGGCUAACCUAAGGCAUUCAACCAAACAGAUAAAGAAUAGAUUCACCCAUCUAAAGAAUUAUUACAUUGCUUGAGUGUGGCUGAACCAACAAACUGGAGCUGGUAGAAGUGCUAGUGGAGAAAUAAUUGCAUCAAAUGCUUGGUGGGAAAAAAAAAUUAAGGAGAAGGGGGACGCCAAGAAAUUUCGCCAUGGCAACCCUGAGUACUUAGAUUUUCUUAUAGAGAUAUUUCAAGGAGUUGCAGUUGAUGGUUCCACAGCAUACAUCCCUGGUUUUGAAGAUGAAGAUGAAGAGGAAGGAGAAGAUGAAGCAGGGGAUGCAGGGGAGGCAGCUAGAGGGGAAAGAGCUGUAGGUGAUGGUUAUGAGAACAGCCCCAUGAGCACUAACAGCAGGAAGAGAGGGAGUAGCAGCUGUGAUGUGUCCACAGCUUCUAGUCCUGGGAAAAAAAAGCAAGAGCCCAGUGGUGAAGCUCAUGAAGGGGCCGCUCAAUUCUUUCAACUCUGAUUGUGAUAAGUCAAAUACCCUAAUUACUGAACUUGUUAACAGCAAGAAGUUAAAGGAGCAGAAGAAAGAAGAAAUUGCUGAGUCAUUGACAAACUGUCAGAGGUUGGCAGUAGAGUGUGGUGCAGCAGAAGACAGUGUGGAAUACUUUUGUGCCACAUAGUUGUUUGCUUCCAAUCAUAACAGAGUUAUGUUUAAGAACAUUAGCACUAAAGAAGCAAGAUUUAUGUGGCUGAGGAGAUGGUGCCAGCAGAAGAAUUUGUAUUAGAUGGUCCCUUUCUUUAGUUGCAUAUCAUGGGUCUGGUCUGCAUUAGUUGUGUCUUAGCUGCAUUAGUUAUGAUUUACUUUUGUGUUGAACUAUCAACUUGUUUGAUGUGAUGUGACGUAAUGAACAUGUGAUGUGUGGACCUAUUUAAACCUUCCCUUCUCUUCUUCUUGAAGUUUGUUCAUAUUAUAUUUAUGAUGUGCUUUCUUUCUAUGCAUAUGUCACUCCUGCAGGAUGGUGAAGGCAGUGGUGAUGAACAUAUCUCUGAGGAAGAUAGCAGUGAUGAUGAGAUUGAUCUUAUCAUUUAUAUUUUGAAGAAAAGAGAAAUGGACAGGAGAAGAGCAUGUAUGCUUGCCGCCAUGAUUGGUACGUAUUACUUGGAACUUUACUCUAAUAAGGCUCCAAGAAGGGGAGCACCUGAGUCUGGACAUGAUUGGGUUAUGAGAACAUUAGCCAAUAGAACUGCUUGUUACAACAUGUUUAGGAUGCACAGGCCAGUUUUUGAGAGGUUACAUUCUGUGCUUGUGGAAUCAUAUGAGUUGAAGUCGACAAACAACAUGGAUUCCUUGGAGUGUUUGGGUCUUUUUUUAUGGAUAGUAGGUGCUCCCCAAUUAGUUAGGCAAGCCCAAGACAGAUUUGUUAGGUCUCUUAAUACAGUACAUAGUAAGUUCAAAGCAGUUUUGACCGCUCUACUGAAACUUGCACAAGAUAUCAUUAGGCCAAAAGAUCCCUUAUUCACAACAGUCCAUAAGAAAUUGCUUUCUCCUCAGUACACACCAUAUUUGGAUAAUUGCAUUGGAGCAAUAGAUGGUACUCACAUCCAAGUUGUGGUGCCAAAUUCAGCUGCUGUUCAACAUAGGAAUAGACAUAAGGAGAAGAGUCAGAAUGUUAUGUGUGUCUGUGACUUCGAUAUGAGAUUUACUUUCGUGCUUGCUGGGUGGCCUGGUUCGGUUCAUGACAUGAGGGUAUUCAAUGAUGCACAAACUAGAUUUAGUGCCAAGUUUCCAAAGCCACCUCCAGGAAAGUUUUAUCUCGUAGACUCAGGAUACCCAAAUAGGCCGGGUUAUCUAGCACCAUACAAGGGUAUAACAUAUCAUUUCCAAGAGUACAACGAAAGCACAUUGCCAAGGGGAAGAAGGGAGCACUUUAAUUACUGCCAUUCUUCGUGUCGGAAUGUCAUAGAGAGGUCAUUUGGGGUCUUGAAGAACAAGUGGAGGAUUUUGUUUAGUUUACCUAGCUACUCGCAGGAAAAGCAAAGCAGAAUUAUCCAUGCAUGCAUAGCACUUCAUUAUUUCAUUAGAGACAGUCAAAUGGCUGAUACAGAGUUCGACAAUUGUGACCAUGAUGAAAAUUAUGAUCCAUUGGGUGGAACCUCUUCUCCAUCUAGCGAACCAACAAACGAAUUGGACUCGCGUGUCAUGAACCAAUUUCGGGACUGGAUUGCCGAUGGCUUGUGGUAUUUGAAAGGAAUGUAAUGAAUGGUUCAAUUUUUCUUGUGAAUUGUAUUUGGUUUAACUUGUCAAUUGAACCAUGAGUGCUUGUAAUUUGUAACAUUGAAACUUCUGUGAUGUAUUUCAACAACUUGAGAUGUA